GACAGCACUGUACGCAUGGUUCAAAUAAAAUUGAGCAUUUUUAAAUCUCCUCAAACUGAUUUGCUUACACGUUUGCCUGCGAUACACUCUAUUUUUCUAGAAUUUAGACACGAAUUUGUUAUUGUAUAAGCAAACAUAACUUUGCAGGAAUCGAGAUUGCCGCUGCCGAACCGCUGAUGGAGAACUGAGAGUGUGGUUGUGUACUCCUGGAGCAUUGUUUUGAUGGAUUGUGCCAGGCAGUUUCCAGCCGAGGCUGUUGUUGGGCUUGUAUGUGUGUGGCAUUGCACUUGUUCCGUCAAUUGAUAUUACGUAUCAAGUCUCACUUUCGGCCGAAUAAAUCGUGCAAACAUCUCCGUGCGAAUAUACGAACGCAGCAACACCCUUAUCGUCCCUGUCAACAAGAGCGGCGCACAAACAGGUUUUACGUAAAAAUGUCGUUUCUACGCGCGGUGGCAAACGUGUUAGUAAAGAGAACGUCUGUUGCACGGCCAGCAAGGUCGCUCGGCUCAGUAAAGCACCUUACGUCCGACUCUGCGCCGUUGCAACAAGGAAAUGGAAGCAGCUCCUUGCACGCAAAGUUUCCCGGCGCUCUGGGAGCCUCAUUCGUAACGACUCCCAAACUGGCGCUGCCGGAAAACAUCGAACCCAUCCCGAUCUAUCGCGUGAUGAAUAGUGAAGGUACAAUCGACGAUCCGUCUCAAGAACCGAACCUGGAGCAGGCGACCGUGCAAAAGAUGUUCCGGGACAUGGUGCUGCUGAACACCAUGGACAAGAUUCUGUACGAAUCGCAACGUCAAGGGCGCAUAUCGUUCUACAUGACCAACUUUGGCGAAGAGGCAAGUCACAUCGGUAGCGCGGCGGCCCUCAGUCCGGAGGAUUGGGUGUACGGGCAGUACCGUGAGGCGGGAGUGCUGGUAUGGCGCGGUUUUACCAUUUCGGACUUUAUCAACCAAUGCUACGGUAAUGCCGAGGACCAGGGCAAGGGUCGCCAAAUGCCGGUGCACUAUGGGUCGCGGAAACUGAACUUUGUCACCAUUUCCUCGCCGCUGGGUACGCAAAUUCCGCAGGCUGCCGGAGCGGCCUACGCAUUCAAGCUGCAACCUAACAAUCAGCGAUGCGUCAUCACGUAUUUCGGCGAGGGCGCCGCCUCCGAGGGCGAUACCCAUGCGGCCUUCAACUUUGCGGCCACACUGGACAGCCCAGUGAUCUUUUUCUGCCGCAAUAAUGGCUUUGCCAUUUCUACUCCCUCCAAGGAACAGUACCGUGGUGAUGGUAUUGCGGGGCGUGCUGCCGGCUACGGGAUGGCGGCGUUGCGCUUCGAUGGCACCGACGUGUUUGCGACGUACAAUGCUACCAAGCUGGCCCGAGAAUAUGUGCUGCGCGAAAACAAACCAAUUGUGCUGGAAGCGAUGGCGUACCGGAUCGGGCAUCAUUCUACGUCGGACGACAGUACGGCAUACCGGCCGGCGGAAGAGCUUGAAAUUUGGAACACAGUCGAGCAUCCGAUCACGAAGCUCAAACACUACAUGAUUCGGCGCGGCUGGUUCGACGAGGAAAAGGAGAACGAAUUUGUGAAAUCAGUCCGCAAGCAGGUACUGGCCCAGAUAAAUCAAUCGGAACGCAUUCCCAAACCGGACUGGCGUGAAAUGUUCCAGGAUGUGUACGAGGAGAUGCCGAUCCAUCUGAAGGAACAGCUGCGUUCGAUGGAGGAACACGUAGAGCAACAUCGUGAGCAUUAUCCACUCAAGGACUUCAAGCAGUAACAGGCGGGCUGCAUGUGGCGCAUGGCGUUCCAAUUCCGAACCUCGUUCACAAAAGUGCAUUUAUUAGCUAGGUAACCUCUUCUAUGCAAUAUUGUUAAAAAAUCGAACAGAAAAGACGCAACACACGAUGCUUUAACAGCUUUUUCGUGGUACUCGUGUGUACCUUGUGCCUAAUGGCUUCUUGCUCUAAGCAAAAAUAUACAUCUUUUUACUUGUAGCUCAUAGAGGAGUUUCUAAUCGAA